AUGGCGCCCAAGAAGAAGGAGCAGGUGAAGAUGGCGCUUGGUGACUUCCUCCAGGACUCAAGCUACGGAGGAUCGUGGGCCGAUGAGGUCGAGGAUACGUUCAGCACUCAGGCUCUGCCUGCCCCCGAGCGUGCUGGCUACCGUCCCAGCCAAGGUGGCUGGGGUAGCAGCGGUGCCGGCGCUGGCGGCGACCGUUCCGAGCGAAGAGACUACGGCGGCUAUUCUUCCAUUCGCGAAAACCUUCCUCAGAAGCUUCCCGAGAGACCUCCUUACACCGCCCACCUCGGCAACCUGUCGUACGAUGCCACCGAGGAGACCGUCAACGAGUUCUUCGAGGGUUGCGAUAUCGUCAGCGUCCGCAUCAUCGAGGACCGCGAGCAGCAGCGCCCCAAGGGUUUCGCCUACGCCGAGUUCAAGGAUCUCGAGGGACUGAAGCAGGCUCUGACUCUGGAUGGCCAGACCUUCCAGGGACGCGCUAUUAGAAUCAAGAUUGCCGAUCCUCCCCGUGGCGGUGACCGUGGCGGUGAGUCCAACCGCGACUUCAGCGACUGGUCUCGCAAGGGGCCUUUGCCCGACCUGCCUGGACGUGGCGGCAACGACCGUCGCCCCUCUGAAUUCGGUGAGCGUCGUGGACCUCGCGAGCCCCGUGAGCCCCGCGAGGAUGACGGCAAGGUCCGUGACUUCGGCAACUGGGAGCGCAGAGGCCCCCUCUCUCCCGUUGCUCCCAGGGAGACUGGCUCCCGUGAAGGCAGCCGUCCCCGCACCAACGACGGACCCCGUGAGUUCCGCGACCGCCGUGAGUCUCCCGCCGCUUGGGGUGAAGGCCAGGGCCCCCGCCAGGACUCUCGCCCUCCCCGCCCUGAGCGCGUCCCCACCGCUGCCGAAAAGGACAAUCAGUGGAGAUCCAACAUGCGCCCCGACGCCUCUGGCAAGUCCGCCAGCCACUCUCGCGAUGGCAGCGAGGCCCCCUCUUCCCCUGCCGCUGCUCCUGCGGCUCCCGUUGGCCGUCCCAAGUUGAACCUGGCCAAGCGUACCGUAUCCGAGGCUCCCGACGUCAUGUCUCCCUCGGCAACUGACUCCAAGGCCAGCCCCUUUGGUGCCGCCCGUCCUAUCGACACUGCCGCGAAGGAGCGUCUGAUUGAGGAAAAGAAGCAGCAACAGCUGAAGGAGAAGCGUGAGGCUGAGGAGAAGGCCAAAGAAGAGCGCCGUCUCGCCAAGGAGGCUGCUGCUAAGGAGGCCGAGGAGAAGGCUCAGCGCGAGGCUGAAGCCGCCGCCAACGGCGAGAACAAGGAGGCCGAGGAGGCCCCCAAGGAGCAGGCUGCGCAGGAAGGCGAGGCCCCCAAGGAAACGAGCGGUUCCGACGAGCAGAAGGUACCUAUCCGAUCCAAGGAGCCCCGGGAGCCCAAGGAGGCGCCCAAGUCUCGCGCUACCGAGGCCAACAGCUGGAGAUCCGCUGGACCUCCUCGUGGCCCCCCGUCUGGACCUCGCGGUGGUCGCGGUGGAGCUCGCGGCGGCGGUCGAUUCGAGGGCGGACGUGAGGGCGGCCGCGAGGGUGGCCGUGCUCCCCGCUCCAACGGCCCUCCCGCCGAGAAGCAGUCACCCGGUUCUCCGUCCGCUGAGCCCGCCGACGGUUCUGCGCCUGUCGAAGACGACGGUUGGACCACGGUCCCUAACAAGGGCCGUCGCAACGUCGGCCCGCGGGGCUCCGCCUAG